AUGAUUUUCAUUCAAUUUAAUGAAGAAGUUAAUGCAGAAGCGGUACCAACUCAUCUUUUAAAACAUUUUUUGCGUAAGCAUAAGCAUCACAAAUAUGAUGAUAGUAGUGAGGAAUACGAUCACCGCAAACACCAUUCUGAUGAAAAUGAUGACGAUUAUAAAUUUAAAUAUAAUCCAAAACCAAAUCCUCCUGUAUAUCUUCCACCGCCAAUUCCAUCACCACCACCCCCACCACCAUCUCCUCCUGUAAAACUACCACCUCUGGAAACACAAUUACCAAGACCCCCUGUAUAUUUUCCACCUAAUAUGUUCUUCCCGCCAGGAUUCCCAUCACAGAGUAAUGCUGACGAAACCGGAAUAAAUGGAAAUUACAAUACUCUUGCUAAGUUGCUCGAUAUGGAUACCAAUAUCUAUAUCCCAAUUACUGUUGGAAAAUUGUAAAUAAGAACUUA